AUGGAUAAUUAUAUUAAAAUAGAGAAAAUCGGAGAAGGUACUUACGGAGUAGUAUAUAAAGGAAAACACAAGAAGACUGGAGAAAUUGUAGCCAUGAAAAAGAUUCGUUUGGAAAGUGAUGAUGAAGGAAUACCGUCAACUGCUAUUAGAGAAAUUUCAUUGCUCAAGGAAUUAACUCAUCCAAAUAUUGUGAGCUUAAUUGAUGUAUUAAUGGAAGAAUCAAGACUGUAUCUUAUUUUUGAGUAUCUUACUAUGGAUCUGAAAAAAUACAUGGAUAGUUUAGGCAAUAAACAAUUAGAACCAACUGUAGUUAAAUCAUAUUUAUUCCAGAUCACACGUGCAAUUCUGUUUUGUCACAAGCGUAGAAUAUUACAUCGUGACUUGAAGCCACAGAAUUUACUAAUUGACAAAAGUGGAAUUAUCAAAGUAGCUGAUUUUGGUUUAGGAAGGGCCUUUGGAAUCCCAGUUAGAAUAUAUACUCAUGAAGUUGUAACUCUGUGGUACAGGGCACCUGAAAUUCUUCUGGGUGCUACUAGAUAUUCAUGUGCUAUUGAUAUGUGGAGCAUUGGAUGUAUUUUUGCAGAGAUGGCAACCAAAAAGCCAUUGUUUCAGGGAGAUAGUGAGAUUGAUCAGCUCUUUAGAAUAUUCCGAAUAUUAAGAACACCUACAGAAGAAAUAUGGCCAGGUGUUACACAGUUGUCUGAUUACAAAGCGACAUUUCCAAACUGGAUGACAAAUAAUUUGGAGUUGCAAGUGAACACAUUGGAUGCAAAUGGGCUCGAUCUGUUGCAAGCUAUGCUCACAUACGAUCCUGUGUACAGAAUAUCCGCACGAGCAACAUUAAAUCAUGCCUAUUUCGAUGAUUUAGAUAAGAACAAACUACCCAAUGCAUAACAUGGAAAAACCGGCUAUAAAAAAAAAACAGAACUGUUAUUUACACUUGCAUACAUUUACAAUUAACACAUGUGUACAAUUAUUUACAUUUUUAAUCGUGUGACUACAUGAAGAGUGUCUUUUAAGGUGUACUAAAAGUUAAUUUAUUUGAGUAAA